AUGCAAGACGCUGCAUCAUCACCAGGAUUAUUAGAGCAAAAUGGUCGUGGCUCACAAUUUUCAGAAAAUGGUCAUGAAAUUGGAUCAAAACCAACAACAGCAACAACAACAGGAAAACGACGAGUUGGUUCUCGUCAGCCAUCUUUUCGUCCUGAUCUUACAGUUAGUGCCAGAAGAUCACAUCGAAUGAAUAGAACAUAUACUUAUGCGGCUCCAGCAUCUGGUCGUGAAAGUUGGUGGCGUGUUACAAUUAAAGAUACACCAAAUCCUGGUACAUAUGAUACUCAUUUGAAUACAUUUGUCAAAGAAGUUCUUGCACGUCCUAUGACAUAUGGUUUCAAAAGUGAUGGACGUCGACGAGAUCCACAACCUCUAGAACCCAAAGGCAAAGACUUAUUGCCUGGUGCCUAUUCGGUCGAAGACUUUGUAGAACAUAUGCGUCAACUUCGGAUAACAUAUGGUUUUAAAGGCCCAGAACGAGAAGAAUCAUUACGGAAAUCGAUGGUUGCUAAUCAUGAUAAGGAUAUUGAUGUUGCACCUGGCCUAUACGAAACACAGAAUUAUCAAACAAUCAGUGCUCCUAUUGAAGCAGCCAAACAUAGUGCUUUCAAAUCAAAAACUAGACGAAAAGUAUUUCUUCCGAAACUUGGUCCAGCACCUGGUGAUUAUGAACCUCAAAUGAAUGUGAUCAAUGCGAAUCCUUCAAUAAUUACAUCCUCAUUUCGUAGUGGUACCGAUCGAUUUUUUAAAAAACCGGAUAAUGUACCUGGUCCUGGUACUUAUGAUAGACUUACUGUCUUUCCUACGCCAAAACAAAUUGAUACUUUUUCGACACGUGGAGUCUUUUUUAGCGCUAAUUUUGCACGAAUGGGUUCUACUGCUGUUUAA